AUGGCGCCCCUGGAGACCCUCCUAUCCAUAUUCAAGCGACGUCUAAAGCCAGAUGCGCUCGAAUCCUCGAGCCUCUCCAAGCUCCCCCCUGAGCUCUUAGCCCACAUCGCGACAUUCCUGCCUGCUGCCUCAGCUGCCUCUUUCGCUCUCUGCUGCACGCCCGUUUACGCCUUACUCGCCAUCCCCUAUCUGAAAUGCAAACGCGGCCAUCAUCCCUUUAAGACGUCCGAGUUCCUAAGCCUCCUCGAGCGAGACCUUAAAGAUUACAUUGCAUGCUACCACUGCGCCAAGUUGCACACUAUCAAGUUCGAUAGGAAGCACAUAUUAGACUCUAGCAGGUGCGACAGUAGGGUGUCCCACUUAAUAGACAAAUAUAUCGGCUUUAAAUUCAGCCACGUCGUCUUUCAAAUGGCGAUGAAGCGACACCGACAGGGUUCAUACAGCUGCUGGCCUCUCCUGAGGCUAUUAGAUACCGACAAAUUUAGUACCAAACAACAUGAUUUUCGAGAGACUUCGUCGGUAAAAAUAGCCAACGGCACGCUCAUCGCCCGCCAUAGGUCCACCUUUAUCAUCCACCGUGGCAAUGACGGCAAGUUCUCCAAAUAUUGGGUCACCUUCAUCUGCCCGCACUUUUCUUAUGUCCGUGGAAGGGUCAUACACCUGCCGAAUGGCAAGGCCGAGUAUCGUAUGUUCCACAAGAGCAAAGGGAACGAGGUCGAAUACGGGCCUGGCGUCGCGAAGUGCGACUGCUGCGCCCAUGGCGGGGAAGAUGAUGUUAGCACCACAUGCUCAGGCUUGAUACAGUGUGAUUACUGCGCGACGGAGUUUCGAGUCGACUCGAUGGCCGUCGGGAGGCGUAAAGAAGGCCGGGCCUUCAUUAUUACACGCUGGAAGAAUUUGGGGGAGGGAAAGUCGGUCGAUGAUCCCUCAUGGUCGGCUCAUGUUACUGAAGGGGAGGUGGUGCAGACUCACUUCGUGGCGGGGUCGAUAUGUGCUGCGUUUGAGGGGAAAGAAGAGGUUGAGCUUGCCUCGCUCUUGACCAGGAUGGAGCGAACGCGAUUGUUAAAGUUUAGAUGUUGA